AUCUUAUCUUCUGCUACAAUUGGAUUAGGUAGCCAAAACCACAAUCUGUGUAUUUUAAAGUCCAAGACAACCCUCUCAUAAUUUGGAAAAAACAUAGUCCGUACAUGAUGCUCUGCAGAAUCAUAUUCUGCACAGCAGUUAUCUUAGCAAUACUAUCAGUAAUUCUAUUAGCAUUAUUCUCUCCGAAACCUCAUAACUUAUUAUCAUCGAAAGACACGAAUAGGCCGUGGCUAGCACUCUCACUCUACGUGCAGCAACCUCAAAUCUCGACUUCAAGCUCAAUCCCGCACCAGCUAACACCAUCAACUGACGCAGGAGCGUUUGUCUUUCAUCAUUCACUUACGGAGGGUCCGGAAAAUACGUCAAGAAUCAUCGGAAAGGCUCAAGGAUUCAUAAUACCACUUGAACAUUUUGCACGCUCGGCUUUUAAUGUUAUUUAUCUUACAUUUAAUACUAAGCGUUAUUCGGGCAGCUUAAGCGUGCAGGCAAAGCAUAUUGCACAUAUGGAUAGAGAAGAACUUACGGUUAUUGGAGGAACCGGGUCGUUUGCAUUUGCCCGCGGCGUUGCAGUUUUUGCACAAUCCGAUGAAUUGUCUAUUUACCAUGUAAAGCUUCAGCUUAAUUUUCCUAAUCGAUCUCAUACGAUUCCUGGGUGACAA